AUGCUUACUUAUUAUCUUUACAGUUAUCAAGAAAUCAUGUUGGCUAAUGAAGAUUAUGCCUCACUUACCAAAGGCAUCCAGAAUCUGAAUUUUACAGGAGACAGUAUUCCUUGUAGGCUUCUUCUUACUGGUGACACAGCAUUCCCAGUGCUGGAGACUCCUGCAAAGAAUGCUCUCAUUGCUGCAUCCAGAUACGGCAAGGGCCGCUUGAUUGUCAUGAGUCAUGAAUCAUAUUUGAAUGAGCCACAAUUUAAGGAUUUUCUGCAGAAUGCGAUAUCCUGGUUGAAACCAUCCUCAGAAGCAGUAAUUGGCAUCGAAAACAGCCUAGGUCUCCUGGCAGACACUCUAUCUAUCUCUGGACAUAAAAUUGACACGACCUCUGGCUUUAAGGAAGAUUUGGGAGUGUUCUGCAUGACACAAUAUAAUGAAAGCCAAUUAUCAGAAAUUGUCUCAUUUUUGAGGGAAGGUGGCGGUCUCCUUAUUGGAGCUCAAGCCUGCCAUUGGUCUGAAUGCCACCCAGAAUUAAACGUUUUCUUCGAUUUUCCUGGAAACAAAAUAACAUCUGUAGCUGGAGUCUAUUUCACUAAUAAGACUGGAGAAAAUGGGAUUUUCCCAGUGAGUGAGAAACCAACACCAUUUCCGUCUUUUGAUGAUGUGGACUUCUCCAUGGACCUAAAACAGCUCUUCAAUGGAGUAUCCAGUCUGGAUAUUAGUGGGAGUGCUGUUGCUUCUGAACUCCUGCUACAUGGACCGUUGACUUUUCCACUUGGACUGACAAGCAGCCACCAGUGUUUUUUUGCUGCUGCAUACUAUGGCAGAGGACGUGUUGUAGUGGGGUCACAUGAAGGCUUCCUUACAAAACUAAAGCUGAAGUCUUUUAUCCUAAAUGCCAUUUCAUGGCUGGAUGCAGGAAGAAAUGGGAGGAUUGCUGUUAACAAGGCAAUGCGAGGCCUGAUUCCCAUACUACAGGCUGAGGGUAUCUUGUGUGCGACUUCCAACGUGAGUUCUGAAUUCAGCAUUUAUUGUUGCAAUUCUUAUGGUGAUGCAGAAGUAGACGAAAUCCAUCAGUUUGUUGCAGAAGGAGGAAGUCUUCUUAUUGCUGGACAUGCCUGGUACUGGUCAUACUCCCAUUCAGACGUUCCUUCUCAGUAUCCAGGAAACAAAAUCCUUAAUAGAUUUGGGAUAAGCAUUCUGGAAAGAACCAUACAAAAUGGCAAUUAUAAAGUUCCUGAGUCUACUACUAACGCAUAUCAUUUUCUCAGAUCAGUGUGUCAGUUUCUGAGAGACUUGAAAAAUGGAGUGGAGAUCAAACCCCCUCUAAGCUCCUGGUUAUCAGAGCUCAAUCAAGAUGUCUGUAGCUAUCUGAAGUUGCCUGCCACGCCUCUUAGGGUGUCCCUAUGGCAAGAACUUUCAUAUCUGGUACAAAAAUUUAAUUUACCCGAAGUUAGUAAAGAGAAUCCAGUGAAAAACCAAUCCAAAGAGGCUUUUCUAAUGUGUUUGGCUCAAGAAGUCAACUGCCUAUAUGACUCAGUUCAAGAGGACACAGGAGAGCUUGAUGUUCAAGGAGAACCCACACAUAUAGAUAUUGAUGGCACAACUCCUGAUGGUGAUUCAUGGAGAAGUACAGGGCUAUACUUGCCUCCUAACAAAAAAGCAACACUUGUAUUUCCAGCCUCAGCUGCAGGGAAGGGCCUCCAGGUACAAGUUGGCUGUCAGUGUGAUAACCUGAGCGGAGCAUCACAGUUGUGUCGUGCUCCGGUGGUUGUACAUAGAAAGAAUGUUGUUCACGAGAAGGUUGUGAUAUCCUGUGUCUGGGGAGGACUUCUUUACGUUAUUGUAAAUGGGAAGAGUCAACUAGGAAAUGUUCCAGUUACAAUCUAUGGGGCAGAACCAGCUCCAACAUUUAUAAAUGGACAAACUAAGGUUUCUUCGUGGUUGGAUACAUUACGCACCUCAACAUCUCCUUGGGCUGAGCUUAUUACAGAGAAUAUUAUCCUGACUGUCCCUACUGAUGCAGUCCGCUCACUAGAGGAUCCUGAAUCGCUUAUGUCUUUAUGGGAUAACAUCAUGUCAACAGUAGCUGAUCUGGCAUCUGUCCCAAAGAAACUGCCUCGUCCAGAAAGAAUUGUGGCCGAUGUUCAGAUCUCAGCAGGUUUUAUGCAUUCUGGAUACCCAAUAAUGUGCCAUGUGCCAACAGCACCUUCUUUAGUAAGUGUUACAUCAUUGAAGAAAGGCAUGUGGGGGGCUGCACAUGAGCUUGGCCACAACCAGCAGAGAGGUGUUUGGGAAUUCCCUCCUCACACCACAGAAGCCACCUGUAACCUGUGGUCAGUAUAUGUGCAUGAAACCGUACUGGGGAUCCCAAGGGAUAACGCUCAUCCUAGUCUCAAGCCAGGAGACAGAGAAAAAAGAAUCAAGCAGUAUCUGAAGAAUGGAGCCAACCUUGAUGAGUGGAACGUGUGGACAGCGCUUGAGACUUAUCUUCAGCUACAAGAGGGCUUUGGCUGGGGUCCCUUCAAGCAAGUUUUCUCAGAGUAUCAGACCAUGUCCAAUGUCAGUAAUGUCAAGAAUGUUAAGAUGAAUCUUUGGGCAGAGAAGUUUUCCCAAGCAGUCAAUAAGAACCUGGCUCCAUUCUUCAAAGCCUGGGGAUGGCCCAUUGAUGAUGCUACCACCGAAAAAUUAUCCGUAUUAAGUGAAUGGGAAGAGAAUCCAAUGAAUAAAUAUGUCAGCUAAAUUUCAUAAAAGAAAUAUAUAAAAUGAUCCUUCUAUAUUAAUAUGCUUUCGGUGGCUUAAGAGGAAUGCAUUAUAGGCUCAAAAGUGUUAAAGGAAAAUAUAAAAAUCACAUCAUAAUAAUAUUCUGCAACAGAGCCUGUUAGAUUAUCAUCUGAAUAUGGAAAACGAAUAGAAUAUAAUCAUGUGCAAUGCAUGCAUUGUUCAAUAAAUAAUUCAGAUUCCUGAUCCAA